AUGAGUGUCAUUUCCGUAGGCACAGACCUGCACCGAGUGGGGCGGUUUGCGGCCAUUCUAGCCCGCCACGGCCUCACAUCGCCGCAUGUGCACAGACUGGCCGCUCGCGUGCUCCACCCAGACCGCGAGUUGCCCGAGUUUGUGCGCGCUUCUAAACAGAGCCAGCUCGACACGUGCACGCGCGCACUCGCACACUCGUGGUGCGUCAAGGAGGCGCUUUACAAGACGCUCGACACGCCCGACCAAGCGGCCUUUGCCAUGCGCCACUGGUACAAGUACAAUCUCGCGAACGGCCGGCCGCACGUGGCUAGCGACUCCUACACUAAGCACGAACGCUUUCUUGUGUCUCUGUCCCACGACGGCGAUUACGUCAGCAGCGUCGUUGUGCGCGCAAAGUGUACGAACGAGGGAUGA